AUGCCUUUUAAAUUAAAGCCUUGUCAUCAGAAAUUUGCAUUUUGUUUACACCUAUGUAUAAUUUUAAACUCGAGUAUUUGUAUACACCUCAAUUUUUCUCUGCAUAAAACAAAUAUUCAAUUAGAUUGGUCGCAAUGCGUUACGGCUGCAAACAAACAAGCCAAUUACUUUGGAUGGACUGUUGUAAAUAGUAUAGUUUUAAUUCCUUAUCUAUGUAUGACAAAUCUUUCUGAUGGAAAUUCUCGUUUUAAAGUCAUAAUUUUAAUCUGUUUAAGGCAAGUUUUUAAACUUUUGAAAAAGAUUGUGUUUCUGAGUGAAACUGAUUUUGCUCGAAUAAACUCACUCAAAAGAGAUGCUAAUCAUACAAUUAACGAAUCACUACAAUUGCGUUGCUCCAAUAAAAUCAAUCACUGCGUUCUGAAACAACAAUACUGUUAUGGAAAUAUUCAUUGCUUGGACACAGCGAGUAAGUCAUUAUUGUCAACAUUUGAAAAGCGGUUAUCGGGUUUAUACAUGGAAAUUGAACCAAAAGUUGCAAAACAAUUUGGCGAAGGCGUUAUAUUGCUUUCACAUCGUUUAUUUUGGGCAGUGAAGACAAACGCUGGCAUAAAAUCACAAUUGCGAUGGAAGGCGGCAAUUAUUUUUUGUGCAGCGCAAAUUCAAAAUAAGAUGAUGUUUACAUCCUGCCCGUCUUCUCUAAGCAUCAAAGCACUUUCGGCUAAAAUAACUUUCGCAUAUUUCCUUGUAAAUCCUAUCAAACAAGACUAUGCUAGUAAAACGCAGUCAAAAUAUCAGAACUUUGACUUUAAAAAUAAUUUAAAUGUUGAAUUUUUAUUUAUGAUACGUGGAAUAAUUGUAUUUACACGUCGAUACUACAGGAACAAAGUUCUUAAAAAUUCACUAAUUUUUCUUUUAAGACUUGUUUGCUUCAAAAAAUUGCAAAAGCAUUUUACAAGCACCACCAGUAAUCUCACAAAAACCUUAUGUUCCAUUCCUAAAAGUGCGUCCAAAACUUUUCAAAAACAACCAAAAACAUUUGAGCCUCAUUAUAUUUUAUGUGAAUUAUGCAAUUAA